UCUUUCUAGGACAGCCAUAAUGGAAAUCAAUCCGGGCCUUUGGUUGGCGAUCAUAUCGGUGGUAUUAUUGGUCUACAAGUGGCUUACGCGAAACAAUGGAUAUUUCCACGAGAAACCGAUACCUUCAAUGGCAGUUGUACCUUUGUUCGGAAGUACCGCUCCACUUAUUCUGAAACAAUUCUCGUUCAAUGGAUUCAUUGAUCACAUCCACCGAAAAUAUGCUAGUGCCAAAGUCUUCGGGAUGUUCGACGCGAUGACACCGAUAUUCGUUGUGCGUGACCCGGAACUGAUCAAGAAGAUCACCGUCAAGGACUUUGACCAUUUUAUCGAUCAUCGACCGACUUUUGGAGAUGGUGAAAAUGAUAACCCUUACUCGAUUUUCGGGAAGACGCUGUUUGCCAUGGCCGGUCAAAAAUGGCGAGAUAUGCGCGCAACUCUGAGUCCGGCAUUCACCGGAAGCAAAAUGCGAAAAAUGUUCGAACUGGUCAUAGAAUGCAGUUCCAGUGUGGCCCAGUAUUACAUAAGCCAGUCGAAGCAAUCGCAGGAAGUGGAAUUGACUGAUUUGUGUACUCGGUUUGGUUCCGACGUGAUUGCAACGUGUGCAUUCGGUAUCAAAAUGGACUCGUUGAGGAAUCGCGAGAAUGAUUUUUACAACAAUGGUAAAAAGAUGAUGCGAUUUGAGAGACUGAGCGUGGCACUGAGAAUGUUUGCAUUUAAAUUUUUCCCAACCUUGAUGGGCCAACUUGGAGUUGAUGUCGUUGAUCGUGAUCAAGUGCGAUAUUUCAGUACUCUGAUUAAGGAAGCCAUCCAGCUGCGCCAAACCAAGGGUAUCACACGUCCGGAUAUGAUCCAUCUUCUUAUACAAGCUCGAAAGGGCACUCUCAAGCAUCACGAUGAAAAAGAUAGUGAUGAAGGAUUUGCAACCGUCAAGGAGUCCGAUAUUGGGAAAUUGAACGUUGCAUCUAGCAUGACCGAUACCGAAAUGAUCGCUCAGGCCUUCGUUUUUUUCUUGGCUGGCUUUGAAACUGUAUCGACCACCAUCACAUUUCUCAUUCACGAUCUAGUCGUAAACCAGGAUGUUCAGCAAAGAUUGUAUGAAGAAAUCAAAUCUACAAACGAGUCUCUAAAUGGAAAGCUUCUGAACUACGAUACACUACAGAAGAUGACAUAUAUGGACAUGGUUGUAUCGGAGAGCAUGCGACUUCGUCCCGCAGCAGCCUUGUUGGACCGUCUAUGUGUUCGGGAUUACGUGUUGGACGACGGGCAAGGUUUAAAGUUUACCAUAAACAAAGGUACUGCCGUCUGGAUCCCUACACAGGGUAUCCACCUGGACCCCAAGUACUAUCCCAAUCCGGAGAAAUUCGACCCGGAACGAUUCAGUGACGAAAACAAAGCCACCAUAGAUCCGAUGACCUACCUACCGUUCGGAGCUGGCCCGAGAAAUUGUAUUGGAUCACGAUUUGCUCUGAUGGAAAUGAAAGCAAUCAUCUACUAUCUACUACUUCACUUUUCUUUCGAACAGAACAGCAAAACUCCAAUACCGCUGAAGCUUCGCAAAGGAUUUACCAUCGUGGCCCCUGAAAGUGAAGUUUCCAUUGACCUGAAAGCUCGCCUACAGUAGAAAAACACAACCAAAAGAAAGUCCAUAUGAAAGCA